UGGAAAACAUUGGGAAGUAUACCACCACUGGAGACUGUCUUGUCAUUGAUAUAGAGGAGAACUUGACAUUUGCAGAGGAGAAUACUGUACUAGGCAGCAUGAUCCAUGUUUCAAGAACACCCAAGUUCUCCACUUGUGGGACUAUAAAUUUAGACCCGUCUCCUAUGGAAACAACCACUGACCCGGACCAGAACUUGAGCUCAGCAGCCAGACACAGAAGACCCAGGUCCCAUUCCUACUACAGCCCAGAGGACGCCAAAAAGUAUGGCAUAGAGACGGCAACAGAUGAGAACGUUGUCAGGCCACGCUCCAGGUCUUUCUAUAGUUAUGAGACGUCUGAGCUCCACAGAGAAGGGAACUUUACCAGGUCCAACGCCAUGAGGCCGAGAUCCAACUCCCUGGAGAAGAGUGGGGACAGGAAGAUGGAGAAUAGUGCGGAUGGGAAUCAGGGGAUCAUGGCUCGGCUCAACAAGAGAUCCAAGUCCAACACCAACAAACACUUGCCAUGCAGAGAUCUCAAUGGCAGAAGAGGCAGUCUGAAGGGUGUCCCUAUGAUGACCAUCUCUGAAUCAGAGAACUGGGAGAUCAGCUCCUGUUCUGGCAUGAAGUAUGGCCAGUUUGUGGACUGGGAGAAGAUCGACCCUGAAUCUUCAGAGCGCUACCAGAGGAUUCUGAAGUCGGACCACCAGGAGCUGAAGACCAUGGGUCGAUCAGGGUUCUGGGCCAUGCCCCAUACACUAAGGGCCAAGGCCUAUUAUCAUAUAAUUCAUGGUAUCAACUGCAGGUCCAUCAACCCGGAUCGAGAUCGUUACCAGGAUGUGGCCAAGAAGCUCUUCGGGGAGCAGAAGAUGAGCACACACCCGUUCCCUGAGUACAUGGAUGAUGGCGUGAUCCCUAGGUACUGCCUCAAUGAAGCUGGUCUCAAUUCUGUCAAAAAGAUCCUCCUCUGCAUCGGCAAGCACUUUCCGGACAUCAACUUCUGCCCAAUCCUCCCAGCCUUGGUGGCUCUCCUCCUGCAUUUCAGCGAAGAUGAAGCCGAGUGCUUCCACAGUAUCUGCCGCCUUAUCGCCUACAAUGACCCCAACAAGCGCUACAUCGACCAGACAUUCCUCACCUACCGGGCCUCCUGCAUGACCUUCGGCGACUUGGCCAACAAGUACUGCCGCGGCAUCCGCAAGCUCAUCGCCAGCUCCCACCAGAACCUCUUUGAGUUCUACUCUGAUUGGAUCAUGUGGAUCUUUGCCGACCUCCCCUUCACAUACGCUAUCAGGGUCCUGGAUGUCUAUCUCCUGGAGGGUUACAAGGUUCUCUACAGGGUGGCUCUGGCUCUUCUCAGCUUGUACAAGGUCUCGGUUUCGUCUCGUGUCGCCGACGUGGAGGACUUCAGGCGAGACAUGAAGAGCUUUGUAGAGAAUGUGGCACGUCACUGCACGGUGGAGAAGCUGCUGGAGAGGGCCUUCAGUAUACAGCUGGCCACGCGGAGGGAGCUCAACCUACUGUUCAACGCGAACAAGGACUCGCUCAUGCAGAAAGGCAUCAGUAUCCACCAGAAGCGGCAGUCAUGCCAGGUAGUGGAUUUUGACAGCUUCAGCUCCAGCGUUGUCACAGGGACAGAGAUGAGGAUUGUCUGGGCCUGGAUCCCUGAACGCUUUGCCCUCUUCAAUCCCAAAAAGCUGUUCAGCACCAACGAACAUGGCCGAAGCCUGGCCUCAUUUUAUUCCUGUGUUGAGGGGCAUGAGCCAGCGAUCUUGCUUCUGAAAACUGUGGAUGAAGAGGUCUGUGGUGCCUUCCUGUCGACAGAUUUGAUUGAGCGGAAAAAAUAUGAUUCAGAAGAACCUGUGUAUUUUGGGACUGGGGAGAGCUUUGUUUUCACGCUUCGUCCAGGCAUGGAGCGCUACCAACGGGCUGUGGUUAACAUUACGGCCAAGAGACAACCUUCUCCAGACCUUCGAGCUGCUCGGGUCUGUGUAUACACUUCCUCUGGUAAAGAGGACUCCUCCUCUACCCCACUCUCCACCACCUCUACUACCAACCACACCACCCUGACCUGUCCAUCCGGGACCCUCCAGGACCCCAGCUACCUGACCAUCCCCUUCACCGCCUCCUCCCCCGGACCUCUCUCCCCCUCACCCAAGAGGGCCAAGGAACAAGGGGCCUCCAUGUUCAUCGCCGGAGACCACGAAAGGCUAGUCAUUGGUGGCGAUGGGGGUCAUGCUCUCUGCCUCCAAGCUGAUCUGGAGGGGGGCUACACGGAGCGAUGUGACACCUUCGAGAGCGCCCCUCUCUGCAAGAGACACUUCAAGAUCCGAUCACUGGAAGUGUGGGGAAUUCAGAACUCUAUCUCGUUCUCACACUACUUCUCUUACUGUCAUUAAAAGAGGAGGCUGACAUAUGUUUUCCCCUCUUAUAUGAACCUCCUAAUUUCUCCUAAUUCUAUUUCUCCUAAUUUCUCCUAAUUCCAUUGUCCAUUUGAUAAGACUGUAUUUUUCUUAGUUAUGUGUGUUGAUGACAAUGACCCAUAGGCUAAACUAAACAGGGUUUUUACAGUGCAUUCGGAAAGUAUUCACACCGCUUGACUUUUUCCAUAUUUUGUUACGUUACAGCCUUAUUCUAAAAUCUUUUUUCCCCUCAUCAAUCGACACACAUAAUGACAAAGCGAAAACAGGUUUUUAGACAUUUUUGUAAAUUUAUUCAAAAUAAAAAACUGAAAUAUAACAUUUACAAAAGUAUUCACACCCUUUACUCAGUACUUUGUUGAAGCACCUUUGGCAGCGAUUACAGCCUGGAGUCUUCUUGGAUAUGAUGCUACAAGCUUGACACACCUGUAUUUGGGGAGUUUCUCACAUUCUUCUCUGCAGAUCCUCUCAAGCUCUGUCAGGUUGGAUGGGGAGUGUCGAUGCACAGCUCUUUUAGGUCUCUCCAGAGAUGUUAGAUCAGGUACAAGUCCAGGCUCUGGCUGGGCCACUCAAGGACAUUCAGAGACUUGUCCCAAAGCCACUCGUGCGUUGUCUUGGCUGUGUGCUUAGUGUUGUUGUCCUGUUGGAAAGUGAACCUUCACCCCAGUCUGAGGUCCUGAGCUUUCUGGAGCAGGUUUUCAUCAAGGAUCUCUCUGACUAGUCUCCCAGUCUCUGCCGCUUAAAAAAAUCCCCACAGCAUGUAGCUGACAUCACCAUACUUCACCGUAGGGAUGGUGACGCUUGGCAUUUAGACCAAAGAGUUCAAUCUUCAUCAUCUUGUUUCUCAUGGUCUGAGAGUCCUUUAGGUGUCUUUUGGCAAACUCUAAGCAGGCUGUCAUGUGUCUUUUACUGGCUUCAGCUGGCCACUCUACCAUAAAGGACUGAUGGGUGGAGUGCUGCAGAGAUGCCUUCUGGAAGGUUCUCCCAUCUCCACAGAGGAACUCUGGAGCUCUGUCAGAGUGACCAUCGGGUUCUUGGUCACCUACCUGACCACGGCCCAUUUUCCCCCGAUUGCUCAGUUUGGCCUGACGGCCAACUCUAGGAAGAGUGUUGGGGGUUUCAAACUUCAUCCAUUUAAGAAUGAUGGAGGCCACUGUGUCUUGGGGACCUUCAAUGCUGCAGACAUUUGGUACCCUCCAGAUCUGUGCCUCGACACAAUCCUGUUUCGGAGCUUUGCUGACAAUUCUUUUGACCUCAUGGCUUGGUUUUUGCUCUGACAUGCACUGUCAACUGUGAGACUUUAUAUAGACAGAUGUGUGCCUUUCCAAACCAUGUUCAAUCAAUUGAAUUUAUCACAGGUGGACUCCAAUCAAGUGGUAGAAACAUCUCAAGGAUGAUCAAUGGAAACAGGAUGCACCUGAGUUAAAUUUUGAGUCUCAUAGCAAAGGGUCUGAAUGCUUGUGUAAAUGAGGUAUUUCUGCUUUUUAUUUUUAAUACAUUUGCUAAAAUCCUACAAACCUUUUUUUGCUUUGUCAUUAUGGGGUAUUGUGUGUAGAUUGAGGGGAAAAAAUAAUUGUAUCAAUUUUAGAAUAACAAAAUGUGGAAAAAGUAAAGGGGUCUGAAUACUUUCCGAAUGCAUUGUAUUUGAAUUGUAUGCUAUAUUUGUUUGUUGAUUAUUCAUAUACUUCUCGAUGAAUGUGUAUAUUUGUGCAUAUAUUAAUAGGGUUGCAAAGGGAGGAUAUAAGUGGCCUUCAGAAAGUAUUCACAUCCCUUUACCUUUUCCACGGUGUUCUGUUACAAAGUGGGAUUAAAAUUGAUUUAAUUUCAAUUUUUUGUAAAAUAUCUACACAAAAUACUCUAAUGUCAAAGUGAAAGAAAAUAAAAGCUAUCAUUAUUAUUAGAAAUUAACCCAGCAAUACUUGUUGAUUAAAUAAGUAUUCAACUCUCUGAGUCAAUACAUGUUACAAUCCCCUUUGGCAGCUAUUACAGCUGUGAAUCUUUCUGGGUAAGUCUCUAAGAGCUUUGGACACCUGGAUUGUACAAUAUUUGCCCAUUAUUCUUUAAAAAAAUUGUGUCAAGCUCUGUCAAGUUGGUUGUUGAUCAUUGCUAUACGGCCAUUUUCAAGACUUGCCAUGGAUUUUCAAGACGAUUUAAGUCAAAACUGUAACUAGGCCACUCAGAAACCUUCAAUGACAUCUUGGUAAGCAACUCCAGUGUAUAUUUGGCCUUGUGUUUUAAGUUAUUGUCCUGCUGAAAGGUGAAUUUUUCUCCCAGUGUCUGUUGGAAAGCAGACUGAACCAGGUUUUUCUCUAGGAUUUUGCCUGUGCUUAGCUCUAUUCCAUUUCUUUUUAUCCCCCCCCAAAAAACUCCCUAGUUCAUGCCGAUGACAAGCAUACCAAUAACAUGAUGCAGCACCACCAUGUUUGAAAAUAUGAAGAGUGGUACUCAGUGAUGUGUUGUGUUGGAUUUGCCACAAACAUCAUAUUUAGGACAAAAAGUGAAAUUCUUUGCCACAUGUUUUGCAGUAUUAUUUAGUGCCUCGUUGCAAACAGGAUACAUGUUUGUGAAUAUUUUUUUAAAUUCUGUACAAGCUUCCUUUUACUCUGUCAUUUAUGUUGGUAUUGUAGAUUUAUGUUUGUGUUGUUGAUCCAUCCUCAGUUAUCUCCUAUCACAACCAUGAACUCUAACUGUUUUCAAAUCACCAUUGACUUGGUGUAUUGAUACUCCAUCCAAAGUAUUAAAUUAAUAACUGCACCAUGCUCAAAGGGAUAUUCUAUGUCUAUUGUUGUUUUUACCCAACUACCAAUAGGUGCCCUUCUUUGUGAACGAUGGGAAAACCUCCCUGGUCUUUGUGGUUGAAUCUGUACUCUAAAUUCACUGUUCAACUGAGGGACCUUACUGAUAAUUGUAUGUGUGGGGUACAGAAAUGGGGUAUUACACACAGAAUGAAUCCAUGCAACGUAUUGUGACUUUGAAGCACAUUUUACUCCUGAACUUAUUUAGGCUUGCCAUAAGAAAAGUGUUGAAUACUUUAUUAACUCAAGACAUUUCAGCUUUUCAUCUGUUAUGCAUUUCUAAAACUGGCUCUGUCUUCAACCUAGCUCCCUGUCUAUCUCCCUGGCAGUGAUCAAUCCAUAGAGUUUGGAAUUAGAAUACUACAAUGGACAUGAACCUUCUUAUGAUGGUAAUAUAAAGUGGGACAUUCUGGUAAGGGAGUUGGUCAACCAUGGUUUUGCCAAUGCUUUGAUACGGGUGUAAAACAAUCAGUUGAUGAUAGGACUUAGACAAAUUGUAAUUGCAACAAGUACUGCUAUUGUAUCAUAUAAUAACAAUUUAGAAGAAAAUGCAAAUGUAGACAUUUAUUAUGGUCUGUUUAUGUGAAAGGCUAAUUAUACAGAAAACGUGUAUACAAACUUUAUAAUUAUAUGACAGUAUUUUAGGUUGCCAACACGUAUAUUACAUGAUUUCUAGCAUAUCAUUUGCCUUACUUUUAUUUCCCUGCAUAAGUAAAAGCAGGAAAUGCAUCACCUAUGCCUUUACUGCAUAUUCAUUCCAGAUUGUUUUGGAUUUCUCCCUGACCACAAUAGCUUCCAUUUUCACUUCAUUCUGGAUCUUUUUAAUUUAAUAGGAUCUCUAGCCAUGUCUCGAUGGAAUACAGCUUCUGUCAAAUUGACUUCAUUUUACAGGCUUGGAGACUUGGUGAAAAAAUAGGUGCAAUAUUGUUGAAUCAUGGCUGGAGAUGCACUAGGGAUUCCACGGCUUGAGCUGGAGGCUGUAAUUGGGUUCAACGGUAAUGUAUAAUAUCAUAGCAGGCUAUGGUAGCUACUAGUUACUAACGUUACUGUUGCUUGUUGCCAGUGGGGGUUUCAGCUGGUUUGUCAUCUUUUCAAUGUGUUUAAAUAUAACUCAAUUAUUUGUAAUGUGCUGUUCAGUUUAUGGAAAGUAUUUGGAAGUUUCCUUCAAAACUCUAAUCCACCCAUGUUGAGGGGUGGGGGUGUGUGUCUUUUUUGUCAAUAACAGCUGGUACGCGAUAUCU